AUGGAGACCGCAUCCAAACCUCCACGUCGACGUCAAGAUGCUGCCAUGAGAGACGAGCGAGAACUCAAUGACCAAGGAGAACGGGCUCGACAUGAGCGAGGAAUGAAGCCCUCACAGAGAUCAAGGUCUCCCCGUCAAGUUCGCGAUUCUCGCCACGAUUCCGACGCACGCCGCAACCGCCCACUCACAAGACCAGAUUCUCAUUCAUCUCGCCGUCGUCGCCAUUCGCACGAUCGUAGUCGUGAUCGCGCUUCUCGUCUAUCGCCCGAAAUAUCACGUCGAGUACCAGAAGUUGAAGAUCUUAUUCCGCGUUAUCGAGAACGCCAUCGCGAAAUCGAGGAGAAGCCUCCACGGCGAAGCCAGAGCCGAAGCCCAGGCCACGACUAUAUCAGCAGGGCGUCGCCCUCGGCAGCCAAACGACAUCGAAGAGCCCAAGGUCAAGAACAAGGGACAUCAGCCUGGGGUCUCCAUCUAGGAAGCACGUCAGGCACUCCUCACGCGACCGACGUAAAUCAUCGCCUCGCCAACAAGCACGAUCUUCUAAAUCCCCCACACGUUCACGACCUAGAUCUCCAGCAAAGUCGGACUCGGGUUCGCGACGGGCAGACCGAGAGGCUCAGUCACAAUUGGACCGACCUCCGCCACGGUCACGAAGCCGAUCGCUUACAUCAGAGCACCACUUGGCUUCAUCCCGACGAGCUCGUGCAUCAUCUCGCGAGGAUCAACGGACGUCAGGUCUUGAGCGGACUUCCUCACGGCGACAACCUCCACCACGAUCACCUCAAGCAAGUAGGGAACGGAGAUCUCGAGAAGGGUCGCCGGGUUGGCGUCAUUCUUCGAGGCUUUAACCCGAAGUAUCACCAAAAAUCACAUAUCACUAAUGACCCGUAUUCCCCGUCACCCCAACACGCUUCGUACCAUAACUCGCCUUCACGGUCACCGUACGGACCAUCGCGUGGUGGAUGGAAUGGUCACCAGUCCUACCCUCCUCAAUAUCCUCAGGGGAGUAGUCACGGUCCCCCAAGUGGCCCUUCUAGCCAUUAUCAUUCCAAUACUACGCGGUCACCACCAUACGCCGCUCCGACAGGCCCGAUGCAGCAGUACCCUCAGGGGGGAAGCUACCGCGGUGGCUACAGAGGUGGCGGUUUUCGAGGUCGUGGGAGAGGUAGCUUCAAGAAUUCUCAUUGGAACUCUGGGCCUCCUUCAAGGGGAUACCGCGACGAUUUAGGCAAUGAACGCUUCAGCAAUGUGGACGACCACGGAAAUGCAGGCCCUGAGCCUAUGGAUGUUCAGGAAGAAGUAUCACAGUCUCAAGAUGAAUUGGGCGAAGACAUCAGCCAGAGUGUUCAAGACAGAGCAAACCCAUUGACUACCCCCAACAGACCGCCCCCAUCUGGUCCAGGAGGUUCAUCUGGUAGCAAGUUCAGUUUUGCCUUCAAGCCUUCAUCAAAGCCAGCGGUCACUGCCCCAAAGCCUGAGAUAUCACAAAAGUUGAAUGCUGCUCCUCGGCGAGAACCCCAGCCUGAGAAUCGAGACAGAGAUCGAGCCCGAGAUCAAGAGCGCGAACCUCCCCGAAGUGCACCAACAGAGCCAGCUUCCUCUCGGCCACGCCACGAGCGCCGCCAUCCUCCCGAAGGCCCUAGAGUUGCGCCCCGUAUGCGUAAGGUGAUGAAAAUCAUGAAGCGACCGAAGCCAAGACCGACUCUCCCAGCUGAUCUGGUAGACUCGGAUUCUGUCUUCUUCAGAAAACCCGGAAACGAAUCAGUCGUUGGCUCUGGUACCUAUGGCAAAGUUUUCAAGGGCCUCAAUGUUUACACAAAGGGGAUGGUCGCCCUCAAACGAAUUCGAAUGGAAGGCGAGCGCGAUGGGUUUCCCGUCACAGCUAUCCGAGAAAUCAAGCUUCUUCAGUCUCUCAGGCAUGUCAAUAUCGUCAAUCUUCAGGAGGUUAUGGUCGAAAAGAAUGAUUGUUUCAUGGUGUUUGAGUACCUGUCGCAUGACCUCACGGGGUUACUGAAUCACCCUACAUUCAAACUGGAGACAGCUCAAAAGAAAGACCUCGCCAAACAGAUGUUCGAGGGUUUGGAUUAUCUCCAUACGCGAGGAGUACUCCAUCGCGAUAUCAAGGCCGCAAAUAUUCUCGUCAGUAACGAGGGAGUCCUCAAGAUUGCUGAUUUUGGCCUCGCCCGAUUCUACGCGAAGCGCCACCAGCUGGACUACACCAAUCGAGUCAUCACCAUCUGGUAUCGCUCACCAGAGCUUUUGCUUGGCGAGACUAAGUACACUGCUGCUGUUGAUGUCUGGAGUGCAGCAUGCGUCAUGGUUGAGAUUUUUGAUCGAAAUGCCAUCUUCCCAGGUGACGGAACCGAGCUUAGCCAACUGGAAAAGAUCUACAACGUAAUGGGCACGCCGAACUUGAAAGACUGGCCCAAUCUCAUUGAUAUGGCUUGGUUUGAACUUUUGCGCCCGACUGUGAAGAGAAGGAAUGUCUUCGCAGAGAAGUACCGUGAGAAGAUGUCACCAGCCGCCUUCGACCUGCUCUCUGCCAUGUUCCGUUACGACCCUGUAAAACGGCCCAGCGCUGCACAGGUACUCCAACAUGCAUACUUUACGGAUGAAGCACCAGCAGCCCGCCAGGCAACAGAACUCGCAACACAUAACGACUGGCAUGAAUUCGAGUCUAAAGCCCUGAGGAAGGAAAACGAUCGACGGGAGAGAGAGGCCAAAAAGCUGGCUAAAGAGAAUGCCGGGCGGGACAAAGAGAAGGAUAAGAAGCGCAUUAACGAAGGGACCGACCAGCGCGACACAAAGCGGUUACAGGUUGACAAGAAUGGUGGGAACAAGCCCACGCCGGUAGUCGCACCACCGAAUUCGACCUCUAAAGCGUAA